AGGUCGCGUCUUCGGCGUGCUUCUCCGUGCGAAUGUUGAUGAUGAAGCUAACUACAUGAAUUAGCAAAAUAACUUUUUUGCAUACAUUGCAUAUCCCAAGUAACACCUAUUUUAAUAUUUAGAGCGAAUAGCAUACGAAAUAGAAGAAUCACAUAAUUUUUAAAUUGCCAAGACUUGAUGAAACAUGCUUAGCUAGUACAGCUAGGAGAAGGUUAAAAUGGGUGAAGAAAUACCGAUUGUUGGCACGGUCGUUGAUGUGAUGAUGACCUUCCAGUCUCUAACAGCUGAAGAGAAGAAACAGCUGGCGAGGAGCCUAACUUCCUUUCUCUCCCAGUACAAACAAAUCUCCGACUCGUACAUAAUUGAGUUUUUUAGUGAAGGUUUGUGGGACACAUUGCCCUCUGCUUGGACGGAGGCACUCCGUGACCUGUCAGCCCCCCAGAUAGCUGACCUAUUGCUAGACAGCACCUGUAAAAAUAGGAGAUAUCCUUCUGUCUGGCCUCUUUCCCUUCUGGCGUUCCGGGCCACAGCGUAUGCCUUGGCUUUUCCCAGAAGGACCCACGGCAGUGCGGUACAGGAAGUAGGCACCCGGGGCCUAGAGGAAUUCCAGGAGAACCAGAGCCAGAGCUCACUGCUGGGACACAACUUCCGGAAGCACGUCAAGCCGAAGAAGCAGCACGAGAUCAACAAACUUGGCAAGCUGGUGAAACAGCUCUGUGGUCUGACGGAGUGUGACAAUGUUGUGGAUGUGGGUUCAGGACAGGGCCAUUUGACACGUUUCCUGUCAUUUGGACUUGGCCUGUCAGUCACUGGUAUUGAGGCUGAUCCUGCCUUGGUUGCUAUGGCUUCCAAGUUUGAUGAACAACUACUGAGCACACUGCAAAAAAAGAGUUUGAAAAAGAAUGUGACAACUCAGCAAUUACCUGCCCCUGGGCGCUCACCCCGUCAUGUGGUUGGCUGGGUCAACCCCACCGCAUCAUGGGAGGACUUUGUCGAGCAGCUGAAGAAGGGAGGAUCUUUGUGCAGUGGUCCUACGUGUACAGUUUUGCCUAGAAAAAAGAGACCCUGGGAAUCGGCAUCAAAUCCAGAUCAGCGUCCUGACAGUGUGAUCCUGCCUUUGACCCCAGCACAGCCCUGCCUUAGCAAUGCUGAAACUGACUGUUUGGUAUCAUCUCAGGCUAAGAGCGAUGGCAGGUGGACUAGCCCUCGACCCAAUGUCAGCCCACCACCCUUACAGGGCCCUCCUGAAAUCACAUGUGAGCCAUCUUCCCACACAGCCUGCUACCCGAAACGCCAAUGUAAGUUUGAGACGGGAGAGGGGGUGGGUCCUGUAGCCUGUAAAUCACACACUUCUCCCUUCUCUUGCUGGACUUCAAGUCCACCACCACAUCCAGACUGUGUGGACACGUCAGAGUGGGAGGAGCAAUCUGAGGAUCCAAGGUUCAUCUUGACAGGCCUUCAUGCGUGCGGAGACCUGAGUGCCACACUCCUCCGGCAUUUUUCCAGCUGCCCCCGUAUCCUGGGCAUCACCUCUGUGGCCUGCUGCUACAUGAAGAUCACUACCUGUGAAAACCCCACUCCUCCUGGUGUCCUGAUCCCCCCUUGUCCAGCCCACCCAGAAGAGCCCUCUCACUCAGUGUUUGGCUACCCAAUGAGCUCAUGGGUGCGGGGGUUGCCAGGACACCAGCUGUCCUAUAAGGCGCGGGAGGGAGCAUGUCAUGCUAUGGAGGACUAUCUCCAGAGGCUGCGAGAGGAGAGUGAGCUGCUGAGGGUACACUGUUACCGAGCGACCCUGGAGACUGUGAUUCGAGGGGCUCGGCCAGACCUGCGUAGGGCAGGCAUCCAGACCAUCAAGAAGGCUCAUCUCCUGCCAUUUCAUGAAUAUGCCCGACUGGGCCUACUGCGAGUGGGACUGCCGGCUGACCUCCCACUGGACCAUGCUGGGCUAGAUGCCAUGUUGAAGCAGCAGUGGAGGGUGGUAGUAUACUUCAGCCUGGCACUGCUGCUGGCACCAGCGAUAGAGACCCUGGUGCUGCUGGAUAGAAUGCUUUUCCUGGAGGAGAAAGGCUUCCAGAGCCAUCUGGUUCCUCUCUUCGAUCCCACGUUUUCUCCUCGAAACCUGGUGCUGGUGGCAGUGAAGCCGCAAGAGGGUAGCUACCGCACGCAGUGUGGAGAAGCAUGAACUGUACCACCAGGUCUGCCAUCCACAAGUUCAACACCAAGGCAUUUGCUAAUUCAAGAAGAGAAGGUUCCAGAAGGGACCGCGAUGUGAAAGUGGUAAUAAUCACAUCCACGCCAGCCUUGUAACAGGGGUUAAUCAAUUAGAUUGAGAUGACUGCAAUUUACAGGGUUGUGUGAUUACACCGUGCCCUUCAAUUCCUCCUACACAUGCUUGUUCUUUUAUGGGUUCUUUUAAACUUUUUGAAUGAAAGUAAAUUGGUGCUAGAUCCAGUUGGAGGACUUUGCUGGAAUGUUUUGCACUACAGUGAUUCACAUUCUUCACUUCCCAUUUGGCUUCUCUUCUCCCUCCCUCCCAGUCAGUUUUGAGUUGCAGUAAUACCAAUGACCACAUGAUGGUCCAUGUUACCUCUGUUUUUGGUUUCAAGAACAAGCGUGGACAUUUAUUUGGGCCUGUACAGUCCUUUCUCUAGUAGGUUUGGGUUCAAAGUCACAUUUACAAUCAGUCUUGACUGUUUUAGACUCAAAUUGAAAUUGACUUAAUUGAACAGUUUACAAUUUAUCAUUAUUGUAAUUAUUAUUAUACAUAGAGUGUAUCAUUAUAACUGGCCAAUGGAUAUGUCAGAUACAUUUUUUCAUGAAUUUGCUGUCCAGCCCAGGGCUGUAUAUAUCAAAUACCCACCCCAGUCUCAGAUUGUAUGGUGGGAUCAUCAUGGGUUGGUUGCACUCAAAUGAUUUUGUUGCAUAAUUAAAGUAACUGUCAAGACGGUCUCAGACCAGUGGUUGCACACAAAUAAAUGAUUUUCUGCAUAAUUAAAGUAACUGUCAAGACUGUCUCAGACCAGUGACUUCUGUAUUAAAUUACACGCAGUUUGAACUUA